CUAUCUUAAAAGUCACAGUACAGAAACAUUAGAUUCUUUAAUACUUUGAGUACUAGAAGAGUCAUCACACAUGCACCAGCAUAGAGGCUUGUACAGAAAUAUAUUUCUCAGCAAAAUGCCUCUCCUAGCAGUAUAUAUUAAAGCCAUAAGUGACUUGUGAGUGGCAUCAACACAAUAUACAGAAACAACUAUAGUGCAAAUGGACCCUUUAGCUCCCUCUAGCAAUAGAGUUAAAUCAGAAAUUCAACCACAACCAUUAGAGCAAGAACCGGUAACGCCUAUAGAUCAGUCGGGAGAAAAGACGAAUCUUGAAGAUGAGAUAUUCAAUGCAGCUAUGGAGAAUAAGUGGACUAAAGUGAAGAAACUGUACAUGGAAAACGAGCCUCUCCGGACAACCAAACUCACUAGAUCCGAAGAUACUGCUCUUCACUUAGCUAUUUCUUCUUACCAUCCAGAUCGAGACACCUAUUUACAUCAUCCUCAUCUUCUUUGUAUAAAGGAUAUGAUUACUAACAUACCAAAGAAAAAUCGAGAACAUAUCUUAAAGCAGAAGAAUGAAAAAGGGAACACACCUCUUCACCUUGCAGCAGAACUUGGGAGUGUCCCCAUUAUUGAGUGUUUGGUAAACUCAGAAGAACCUGAACUCAUCUGGGAGACCAAUUCAAAAGGGGAAACCCCCUUAUUCAUAACUGCUUAUCGCGGCAAGCAAGACGCUUUUCUCUACCUACAUAAAUGUUGUCAAAACGAAAACGAAGAAGGUCCAAUCGAACUUUGUAGAAGGAAAGACGGGGAUAAUAUUCUACACGCCGCCAUCUCUGGCGAGUACUUUGAACUUGCUUUUCAGAUAAUACAUUACUAUAAGCCCCUCGUCAACCGUUACAACACACAAGGCAUGUCUCCUCUACACAUCCUUUCCAGGAUGCCUCAAGUAUUCAGAAGUGGCAACCAUUUUCGAUUCAUAGAUAGCAUUAUCUACUACUGCACAACUGUCAAAGAGCUAGAGAAAGAGACAUAUAAAGCUGACAGAAAAAUAGACUUGUAUCAGAAAAACAAUUGGAAUCUCCCGGAGAACUAUGAAUCACUGGUGGAGUUCUUGGAAAUACAACGGCGUGGGACAAAGAAAUUUAUUGGUAGAUAGAUUUACCACAGUGAUCAAUGUCUUACCUAAUCUGUAUAGUACAUUAUACUAGUACAAAAACUCCUUAGGUAGGAAAUGCCAACAGAGACCAAUCAAAACAAGGACGUUGCUCACUUGCUUUGGGGGUUCAUCGAAAGUGAUAGACCAAACUCCUUUUGAAAAUGCACUGACAGAGUGUUUUUGAGAGACUGUUGUUGGCACUUCCUACCUAAAAGUUUUACAUUACCAAGACUGAUUUU